AUGGCGAUGGCCGCCUCCUCGUGCACGGACGCCGCGUGGUGGGCGUACGCGCUCCCGGCGCUUCUCGGCGCGGACACCCUGUGCGCACACCCGGCCCUCCUUGCCGCCGCGCUCCUCCUGGCCACCGUCUCGGCGGCGCUGCUCGCCUGGGCUGCGUCGUCGGGCGGGCCGGCGUGGGCGCACGGCCGCGGCCGCCUCGGCGCCACGCCCAUCGUGGGCCCGCGAGGCCUGCCCGUGUUCGGCAGCAUCUUCGCGCUGUCCCGCGGGCUGCCGCACCGCGCGCUCGCCGCCAUGGCGCGCGCCGUGGGGCCCCGGGCCAGGGAGCUCAUGGCGUUCUCCGUCGGGGACACGCCCGCCGUGGUCUCGUCCUGCCCGGCCACGGCGCGCGAGUUGCUCGCGCACCCGUCCUUCGCCGACCGCCCCGUCAAGCGGUCGGCGCGGGAGCUCAUGUUCGCGCGCGCCAUCGGGUUCGCGCCCAGCGGCGAGUACUGGCGCCGCCUCCGCCGCAUCGCCUCCACGCACCUCUUCUCCCCGCGCCGUGUCGCCGCGCACGAGCCCGGGCGCCAGGCCGACGCCGGCGCCAUGCUCCGGGCCAUCGCCGCCGAGCAGUCCGCCUCCGGCGCCGUCGUCCUCCGCCCGCACCUCCAGACCGCCGCGCUCAACAACAUCAUGGGCAGCGUCUUCGGCAGGCGCUACGACGUCUCCUCUGGCGCCGGCGCCGCUGAGGCCGAGCAGCUGAAGAACAUGGUGCGCGAGGGGUUCGAGCUCCUCGGCGCGUUCAACUGGUCCGACCACCUCCCAUGGCUGGCCCACUUCUACGACCCCAGCAACGUCGCCCGCCGGUGCGCCGCGCUCGUGCCGCGCGUCCAGGCCUUCGUCCGCGGCGUCAUCGAUGAGCACCGCCGCCGCCGCCAGAACUCCGCCGCCCCCGACGACAAUGCUGACUUUGUCGACGUGCUCCUCUCCCUCGAGGGCGACGAGAAGCUCGGCGAGGACGACAUGGUCGCCGUCCUCUGGGAGAUGAUCUUCCGCGGGACGGACACAACGGCGCUGCUGACCGAGUGGUGCAUGGCGGAGCUGGUGCGCCACCCGGCGGUGCAGGCGAGGCUGCGCGCCGAGGUGGACGCGACUGUGGGGGCCGGCGGUUGCCCUACCGACGCCGACGUGGCGCGCAUGCCGUACCUGCAGGCGGUUGUGAAGGAGACGCUGCGCGCCCACCCGCCUGGCCCGCUCCUGAGCUGGGCGCGCCUCGCCACCGCCGACGUGCCGCUGUCCAACGGCAUGGUGGUCCCGGCCGGCACCACGGCGAUGGUGAACAUGUGGGCCAUCACCCACGACGCCGCCGUGUGGGCCGACCCGGACAUGUUUGCGCCCGAGCGGUUCCUCCCCUCAGAGGGCGGCGCCGACGUGGACGUCCGCGGCGGCGACCUCCGCCUGGCCCCGUUCGGCGCCGGGCGCCGCGUCUGCCCGGGCAAGAACCUGGGCCUCACCACCGUCGGCCUCUGGGUCGCCCGCCUCGUGCACGCUUUCGAGUGGGCCCUGCCGGACGGCGCGCCGCCCGUCUGCCUCGACGAGGUCCUCAAGCUCUCGCUGGAGAUGAAGACGCCGCUCGCCGCUGCGGCGUUCCCGCGCGCCGCCUGAUCGCGCCGACGACGCGCGCAACAAGGACCGAUGCUUUGCCACGUCACGUCGCGCGUGGUUCGCAUGGAUCAUGGUCUCUUGAGUCUCUGUGUGGUCCUCGCGCUAAGCUUAAUUGUUUCGUUGUUGGUUGGUUCGUACCUAGGGUUUGGUUGCUUGCAAGUAGUGUGCGUCUUAGUCUCACCAUCACCGGGGCUCCAAUUUUGGCAAGGUGCGUGUUAGGAGUUAACCCCUAGAUAUGUUCGUGUCUCAUCACUAUCAGGGUCUAAUCAGUGUCAUCGAUGAUCAGUCACGGAAGUCGUGUGCUCAGAUCUGCUAUAUUGUUUUGGUUUGGCUAGUUCUCUUCUAGUGUGUGUUAUGUAUAAUCUUGUAUUGUAAUGUAAUGAUCAAGAACCGUGUUAUAUAUGUUGCUGUUUAAUUAUUAUAUAUACUGAAUUUUGGU